AUGAGUAAGCGAAAUAGUCCCUUACCUGAAGCUGAACCUGUUGCCCCCGAAGAGUACGUCGUAGAAAAAAUUAUAGAUAGUCGUAUUAAUGAAAAAGGAAUAAAGGAAUACUUUUUGAAAUGGAUUGGGUACGAUGAAAAAGAUAAUACAUGGGAACCGGAGGAAAAUUUAGACUGUCCGGGACUUAUUGAAGCGUUUGAAAAAGAAAAGUCUAGAAAAGACAAGGAAGUAGAAAGAAAACGUAAAUUAAGUACACCAACAGAUGGUAAACCAGCUAAGAAAAAGAACGAUGACAAAAAAUCUUUGGGAUUUGAUAGGGGAUUGGAACCUGAAAAAAUCAUAGGCGCAACUGAUAGUCCAGGACAACUGAUGUUUUUAAUCAAAUGGACCGGUACAGACGAAGCUGACCUUGUACCUGCAAAACAGGCGAAUGUAAGGUGUCCCCAGGUCGUGAUCAAAUUUUAUGAAGAGCGAUUAAAAUGGCAUUCACCGAAUCUAGAAGAAGCUAAAGCUGCAGAAUAA